CGGGGUGGAGGGAGGGGUGGAGAAAGCCGGCCUUCGCCCCGGUAACUGGGAGCCCCGGGUCCUGCCUCAGCACCUCACCCGCUCUGGGCUCCGCUGAGAGGAAUCUUAGUUCUAGAGGCAACCUGAGCCGUGCACUCGUCCCCACGCAUUUUUGAGAAAUAGCUCCCAACAGGCGGCACAUUGCCUCUGAAUGCUUCUCGAAAGUUCGGAUUUCAGAGGAAAACUUGGUCAUGAAAUGAGAAGGGUUUGGAGUUGCAGGUCACCACAGUCGCGAUGGCGAAGGGCUGGGGGAGUAUAAGGGAAUGGGCAGUUUGGUUUGCUGGGUGGGAAAUUUCCUGCACUUACUUAGCGUGGGACCCCCUACAGCAUUCCCUGUUCACAGUCUUCUCCCAGUUUGGCCUCCUGUAUUCGGUCCGAGUCUUCCCAAAUGCUGCAGUGGCCGGUCCUGGGUUCUGUGCCAUCAUCCAGUUUUAUUCGGCAAGGGAUGCCCACAGAGACCAAAAGGUAUGCGACCAGAAGCAGCUUUUCCAGGCGUCUCCAGUGAAGGUUCAUCUCGGCACCAGACAUAAGGCGGUUCAACACAAUGCCCUUGCCCUGAACAGCUCUAGAUGCCAAGAAUUGGCAAAUUACUACUUUGGUUUCAGUGGGUGGUCAAAGAGGAUCAUCAAGGAUCUUUCUAACCUUGAAGAAAGGGAAAAUGAAAAUCCUGUGGCACCACUUCAGAAGCAAAGCCUGAAGUUCUUCUGUGCUUUAGAGGUGGUGUUGCCAAACUACGAGUGCAGGAGUCUUGGAGUUGGCAUGGCCGAGGAACCUUUGGAUAAGUUGGAGGAAGGGCCAUUAUCAUUGCUUAUGAAAAGGAAGGUGACCCAGAAGCUUGUUGUUCAGAAGGCAAUGACAGAUGCAUUCCAGAAACUGCUGAUUGUGGUUUUAGAAAGUGGUAAAAUAGCUGUGGCAUAUACACCCUGUGACGAGAACACAGAUAGAAGAACUGAAGAGGAACUACAAGAUUUAAUUCAUGUAUGUGAAGAUAAAAACUCAAGGGGUAGACAGCCAGUGUAGCCAUAAUUCAAAACAGCCAGCAGGAUUUGGAAGACUUUGGCAUGUCUACUCAGCUCUAUCAUCCUUAGGAACAUGUGAAACUCUGAAAGUGCUUUUGAGGCAGGGAGUUUCUAGGACUUUUCUUGAAGUCCUGAGCCUUGUCUCUGAUGACUUAUUUGAAAUUUGGCGAGCAGGAUUGAGGGCCAUCAGUGUACUUCUACAGUUGUGGACACAGGAGAAGACACAGGCCUUUUAGAACUCCCCUCAAACAGAAUUGCAGGGAUUUUGGAAUAAAGGAACUGUGGCCUUAAGUAACUACGCUACAGUGUUUUGAAAGCGAUUACUGCCUUUCAAGUAAGGUGUGUGACCCAGAUCUUAGUAUCUCAUACAUAUCUUGUGUGAAAUUUUUUGCAGAAGAACCUUUCUUAAACCAAUUAUAUGGAUACCUAGAAUUAGGGUUUAAGUUGUCAAUGUAGUUUGUAAAAGAAAACAUUAUUGUACUUCAUGUAGGAUUUUUAUAAAAAAGGAGCAAAAAAAAGUGUUUCAUGCCCUUGAGAACUUAAUCGGGGCUAGAUUUCUGAUUAUUAAAGUCACCCCAAUGUUGCAAAGUUUCUUUUGAAGGGAAGAGAGUAGAGAAAGAAAAGGUGGUUAUAUUCUGAAAGACGUAAAAAUUUUGAAAGUUUUUCCUGUGCAAGAUAAUUAUUUUCAUGUAUGGAAGGCAUACCUUUGGACUGAGACACUGUGAGUAUAUUCCCUCCAGAUAUGAAUGCAAAGAGCUAACUGCAUUGUAAGAUCCUUCUCGGUCCAAAAUUUUGAGGUCAAUAGCUGUGAGAAAAGGUAUUCCCCCUCUAUCUCCAAAGCAACCUACUGAUUGAAAUUCUUUUUUUGUUUUAAAAGUUAAAUGUGGCAGGCCUUUUUUAAAAUCAGGAAGAGCCAAUUUAAAGUCCUUUCCAUUAUGCAAGUAGUACAUGAUUAUAUUCUCAAUAUGUAAAAAUGAAAUAACAGGUAUAGUGAAAACCUUCCUUGUGCCCUCAUCCCCCACCUAAUCCCCUACUUUGAGUUUAGUAUGUAUCCUUCCAGACUCUUCCAUACAUUUGAGUACAUACAUAU